AUGAACAAGCUUUAGACUAUCUAAAAGAAGAUAUCUAAUCAAUAAAUAAAUAUGAAUUUAUUGUUAUUAGUUCAAAAGAGAAAUAUCAAUUACAAAAGUAUAUGUAACUAUCAUAAUAAGCUUUUUAAAUGGAGAAAGUUAAUUUUGUAAUAAAUUCUUAAAUAGUCAAAUUUGAAUAUUAAAAAGAUAUCAAUGAACUUAGCUAUGAAAUUGAAGUGGUUAAUUAAAUAUUAACUAAAAACAACUCUUAAUUUAUCAGGAUAUAUUUUAUAUCUAAAACAAAUAAUUUCAUCAUUCCAAUAAGCCCAAUAAUAGAGAUAUCUUAAGAUUAUUUGUUCAAGCAAAAAAUAGUUAAGUAGAGGGGAAAAAAAGAAAGUCUAUUAUCCAUUUUUUCAAUUUUAUUUUUGCUUCUAAUAUUAUUGCUAUUUAUAAUAGUAAUACUCACUAAAAAUAUUGCAGCUGUUAAAAUCUGAAUUAAAGUUUGAAAUUUAAUUUUAUCUUUAAAAUAAAAAAUAUAAUUUUUGUAAAUAAAAACUGAACUUUUUUAUACUGUAAACCUUUUGA